CACUACCAAGAAUCAUGGAGCGAGACCAGACAUACAAACCCACCCCGACCGCGCCCGUCGUGCGCCUCAUGGUCCUCGAGACCGACCUGCCACACCCAGACACAUACUCCGAGCGCGGCUCCUUCGGCCAGAUCCUGCACAACCACUUCUCGCUCGCCGGGCGCGCCCACCACCCUCCUCUCGGCGUAGAGACCGAGCAGAUCUUCGUCGUCACCGAACAGGGCGGGCGGAUGCCGUCGGCGCAGGAAUUUGACACAUUCGACGGGCUUUUGAUUACAGGGAGCGUGUACGACGCGCACGGCGAGAAUCCGUGGAUCCUGCAAUUACUCUCCCUGCUGAAGGAAUUAUGGACGCAGAGGCCGGAUUUCCAUUUCGUGGGCAUUUGUUUUGGACAUCAGCUUCUUGCGCGAUUGCUGGGUGGGGAGGUGGCGCCUGCGCCGUCUAGGGAUUGGGAGUUGGGACAUUCCAGGAUUGAACUUACGCCGACGGGGCAGAGGAUUUUUAGGACGCUCGAUGACUAUAUUCAUCUCCAUCAGAUGCAUCAGGAUCAGGUUGUGCGGGCGCCUACGGCUGGGUCUGCGGCUGGGUUGCUUUCGGCUGAUACGGAGGUGCUUGUCUGGGGACGGAGUGAGCAUACGGCGGUUCAGGGCUUGUAUAUCCCGAACCGGCUGUUCACGACACAGGCGCAUUUGGCGUUUGAUGAGGAUAUGGUGAAGAGGCAGAUUCAGAUCCGGGUUGAUUCUGGGGGGAUUCAGGACCUGGAGCAUGCGGAUCGCGCGGCGGAGACGGCGUAUCUGGAGCAUGAUGGCGUGGAGGUUGCGAAGGCUGUGCUGAGAUUGUUUGUUUUUGAUGAUGAUGAGUAUACGGGGGGUGAUAGGAAGACUUCAUAGACUGCUAUGCCACUAGUGCGAUGAAUACAGAAUAUAUUAAAGUUGAUAUUGAUAGACUACGCCUUCUUAAUCCACAGCGACUGCGAGUUACAGUACUGCGUCAGCCCCUGCACACCCCAUUCAGUCCCCAAUCCAGAGCUCUUAUGUCCCCCAAACGGUACAUUCGGCGCGACCUCAAAGUGCGUGUUAAUCCACACAGUGCCAGCCUGCAACUGAUCCGCAAUGCGUCGACCCUUCUCCAUAUCCUUCGUCCACACCGACGCACCAAGGGCACUCUCCGACGCAUUCGCGCGGGCAAGGACAUCCGCCUCAUCAUCCCACUUCAGCAAA